ACGGAUAAAUCUUUGGGAUCUCAAUCCCGCAUAUUCCCUAUAUCGACUGAAAACUAAUUCUUCGAGAUUACAUUUCCUUAAGAAAAUGACGACCUCCACUACGUUGCAGUCGUUGUUCAUGAAAGAAGAUGAAGAGCGAAGAAAAGAGCAACGAAACUGGUUGGAUCUUCCGCCGGAGUUGACGACUUCGAUCCUGCUCCGACUUAGCGUGACUGAUAUACUGUUUAACGCUCAGAAGGUGUGCAGACAGUGGCGACGCGUCUGUAAAGACCCUUCGAUGUGGCAGAAAAUCAACUUGCGAGAUUGCCUAUUGUAUCAGUUCGAUUUCGAGAGCAUGUGUCGUCACAUUGUUGAUCUCAGCCAGGGUAGCUUGCUAGAGAUCAACAUUGGACACUUCUUGAGCGAUUCUCUCCUCAGCUACAUCGCCGAUAGAUCAAGUAAUCUGAAAAGUCUUGGACUUUCAAUCUAUGAACCAAUGACGAACGAAGGAGUUAUGAAGGGAAUUGCAAAAUUUCCAUGGCUUGAAACCCUCGAGGUCUUCCAUUCAUCGUUUAAACUGGAUUUGAAGGCUAUAGGCCACGCUUGCCCACAGCUAAAGACAUUGAAGCUAAACUUCUCAGGCUGCCCAGGGCAUGAAAUUUAUCUUAUAAGCCAGUUAGACCUCAUUCCCCCUCCCGUCGAAUGUGAUGAUGAUGCCCUAGCAAUCGCUGAAAGCAUGCCGAAACUACGCCACCUCCAGCUUAUUUGGAACGGACUGACCAACACUGGCUUGAAUGUCAUUCUCGACGGUUGUCCACACCUGGAAGACCUUGAUGUGCGCAAGUGUUUCAACAUUAAACUUGUCGGGAAUCUUGAGAAGCGAUGUUUGGAGAGGAUCAAAGAGUUGAGACGCCCCGGGUUGCUUGUUGAUGGUCUUGUCAAGUCAACUUAUGAACUCGUUCAUGUCUCUUCUUUUCUCUAUGAUGCCAAAAAGAAAAUGAAAACCUCCUCUCCGUCGCCGAUGAAAUACGAAGAGCCAAGAAGCUGGGCGGAUCUUCCGUCGGAGUUGACGUCUUUGAUCCUGAUCCGUCUUAGCGUGGCUGAUAUUCUGAACAACGCUCAGAAGGUGUGCAGACCGUGGCGACGCGUCUGUAAAGAACCUUCGAUGUGGCGGAAAAUCGACAUGAGAAGCCUGAUCAGAGAUAGGGGAAUGCUCGAGCCCUUAGCUAUCAUGUGCCGUCACGCCGUGGAUCGCAGCCAGGGUGGUUUGGUCAAAAUCCACCUUGGGAACUUCGUCAACGAUGAUCUUCUCGACUACAUCGCUGAUAGAUCAAGGAAUCUGAGAAGUCUUGGACUUGGAAUGUGCUUUCCAAGGGUGACGAGGCCAAGACUUGUGAAUGCAAUCACAAAACUUCCAUUACUUGAAACCCUCGAGGUCUCACACUCAUGUUUAAACCUGAGUUUGGAAGAUAUAGGCCACGCUUGCCCACAGCUAAAGACAUUGAAGUUAAACUCCUCAGGGGGUUUCUGGAACUCUCGCAAUGAUGAUGAUUAUGCCCUAGAAAUCGCUAAAAGCAUGCCAGAACUACGCCACCUCCACCUUUAUGCGAACAACCUAAGUUACACACGCUUGAAUGCCAUUCUUGACGGUUGUCCUCACCUGGAACGAUUGGUUACAGAUGUGUUGCAAGCUUAACCUUGUCGGAGAUUUGGAGAAGCGAUGUUUUGAGAGGAUCAAAUACUUUGGACACACCAAAUCAUGACUCAACCGUUGAUCACCCAUUUGCUUUCACUUUUUCAAUGACUUGGACAACAUUGAGGUUUACUAUGAGUAGAUAGUGAAUCUCUCUGAACACAGGUUGCUUUUGAUGGUCAUGUCACAUUAUGAACUUAUGUCUCCUCUUUUCUCUAUGUUGAUUACCCAUUUGAUAUCACUUUUGUCAAUGACUUGGACAACAUUGAGGUUUACUAUGACUUUUAUCCGGACUAGAUAGUAUAUCUCUUUGAACACAGGUUGCUUUUUAUGGUCAUGUCACAUUAUGAACUUGUUCAUGUCUCCUCUAGUCCUCUUUUCUCUAUGUUGGUUUGGUAGUGUUUCAAAGUCCCUUAUUUUCUUUGUACGUCGUAAGUUUGUAGCGCGUGAUUGUAACUCGCGUACGAUGCAUAAGUUGUUUCUUAAGAAAUUUUUUUUUCACAA